AUGUCCAGUGCUCCAACCGAGGAGCAUGCAGAAGGCUCCGGUUCGGCCAACGUCACACUACAUGACGUGUCAGCCAGUAAGACCAACGAAACGGUGAAGGAUGUAGUCAAAACGCCAGAUAAAGACACAGCAACAGAUUCUGGCUCUAUCUUUUCAAGCAUCUUCGGAUCAUCUGAACAACGAGGAAACAAGAACAACGGAAAACCUGACGAGAGCGGAUCCUCGCUCUGGGGCUUGCUGGGUAAAAGCGAGAGCGACUCUGCUCUGAUGAAUCAGAUAAGUGAAAAAGGAGAGACCGGAGAGGGAAAGUCCCCAAUAUCAGGCCUGUUGGGAAGCAAAGUUGACAGCGAUCCUGCCAUGAUGAGUCAGAUGAGUGAAAAAGGAGGUGACAAUGAUGAGGGCAAGUCCUCGAUAUGGGGCUUACUGGGAAGCAAAAGUGGCAACGAUCCUGCUGUGAUGAGUCAAAUGAGUAAAAAAGGGGAAGAUGGGGAAGGUAAGCCCGCACUGUGGGGCUUGCUGGGAAGCAAAAGUGACAACGACCCUGUUUUAAUGAGCCAGAUGAGUGAAAAGGGAGGGAAAGAGGGCGGAGGUAAGCCCGCAAUAAGUGGCCUACUAGGAAGCAAAAUGGACCACAAUCCUGCUACGAUGAGUCAGAUGAGUGAAAAGAAAGAAGGAGAUGGUGAACGCGGGUCCUCACUGUGGGGUAUUCUGGCAAGCAAAAGUGGCGAUCCUGCUCUAAUGAGUCAAAUGAGCGAGAAAGGUAAAAAGGUUCAGGAAGAGUCGUCAUUCUGGGACGUCCUGCCGUUCGGUAAGUCGGACGAGCCAGCACCUCCCCAGUGGAAAACACGCGGACCGCCAGAGGCGAGCAGAAAAGGCGGGAAACCGGUCAGGAGGGGUGACAAUCCAGUCCUCGAUUUUAUCAAUGACAUGUUUAAAGACCUCUGACGAGUUCUUUUACAAAUAACCAGAGAUUCCACUACAUCUAGAUUCUUCAGCGCUUUUUUAUUAUUUCUAGCUCAUUCAAAUGCAAUACGUAUAUCAUUUUUUUCGCAUAUUGCUUAUUCUGUAUUGGACAAUAUCAACGUAAAAUUCGAAUUUGCUUUUUCCUGAUUGUGCCCUAUGUUUUAUGUUGCAUAUAGGCACCAGUGACUUAUGACAGGGUAUCAUUAAGCCAGUAAUACUCCAAGGAAAAAUAUUAUUCCCGUUGGUGAUUGCGUGAAUCAAUGUUGUACAAUUUUGACUGCCUGUUUCAUGUUGCUUGUAUAUUGCUAGUAUUUGAUCCACGGGUCCGUUGACCCACUAACAUCCUAGUAGCAUAUUGAAAUAAAAGGUUCUGGAACUCUCU